GAUUGCACUUCAUGCUCCUCAGUUAAAGGAAAACUUUCAUUCGUCUCUCAUUAGUUCCAAGGCAGCGCCUGGGCUGCAAAAUGCUCUGGGGCCAAAGUCUGGGCCAAUGGCACUGGCGUUUUUGAUACAAACAAGGGCUGAACAAAUACGGUAUUCGUACCGAAUCGUCACGGUACAGGCACUUCUGGGUGGUUGGAGAGGUGGACAGCGGUGCGUAAAUGUGGCGUACAUAGCGUAUAUGGCGAAUGCAAAGAAAGGAAGAAUUUAAAACUUAAAGUCAGAGUUCCCCCCGGAACGUUUAGCUAAAGGAUACUACUCCGACUCCGUAAUCCGACUCCAUAACUACGGGGACCCCUCGAUCAUUCGCAAUUCUCCGUCUGGAUGUCGGAUACGCAAUACAAUUCGCUGCCUGAUCGAACUUAUAUGUUGACUACAAACCAUAAAACGUAUUUACUGGAGCUGGGAUACAACAUCUUACUAAAGAAAAUUCUUAAGAUGGCCAGACCUAAUGAUCCCAGCUUUCAAAAGGUCUUUAAUGACCCAAUCCACGGACACAUUGAACUCCACCCUCUUCUGGUCAAAAUCAUAGACACACCUCAAUUCCAACGACUGAGAAACAUCAAGCAGCUCGGAGGGGUCUACUACGUUUUCCCCGGAGCAUCUCAUAAUCGCUUCGAGCAUUCCAUUGGAGUUGGGUACCUGGCUGGAAAGCUUGCUAAAUCUUUGAAAGAGAAACAGCCUGAACUGAACAUCGAUGACAGAGACAUCCUCUGUGUGCAAAUCGCUGGCCUCUGCCAUGAUCUGGGACACGGACCUUUCUCUCAUCUGUUUGAUGGGAUGUUCAUUCCUAAAGUACUUCCAGACUUGCCAGUCAAAUGGAAGCACGAGAAGGCAUCGCUAGACAUGUUAAACCAUCUGAUUGCUGUUAACAACCUGGAGCCGGUGAUGAAGGGCUACGGGCUGGAGCUGCCAGUGGACCUCUUCUUCAUCGAGGAGCUGAUCUUUGGGAAAAGGACCGACCCUCAUGAUCCAAAAAAAGAGUUGGAAUACAGAGGCCGUAAUCCGGAGAAGUAUUUCCUGUAUGAGAUUGUGUCCAACAAAAGGAACGGCAUCGAUGUGGACAAAUGGGAUUACUUUGCGAGAGACUGCCACCACCUGGGCAUCAAGAAUAACUUUGACUACCACCGCUUCAUCAAGUUUGCCAGGGUGUGUGAGGUGGAAAAAGAAAAAGAUGCAGAGAAGAAGGAGAAGCAAAUCUGUACCAGAGAGCAGGAAGUGGGCAAUCUGUAUGACUUUUUCCACACAAGAAACUGUCUCCACAGAAGAGCCUACCAGCACAAAGUAAAAAACAGUGUUGAGGUCAUGAUCACCGAGGCAUUUGUAUUGGCAGACAAACACCUCACAUUCAAGGGGAAAGGAGGGAAAAGGAUCAAGAUGUCUGAAGCUAUAUAUGACAUGGUGGCAUACACCAAGCUGACUGACAAUGUCUUCGAACAGAUCCUCUAUUCUACCUCAAUGGAGCUGGCUGGGGCCAGGGAGAUCCUAACAAACAUCCACAACCGUCGCCUCUACAAGUGUGUGGGCCAGAUCUAUUCAGCAAAUGAAAUCAACGUUGUAGAGGAGGCAAUUGGUAUGCAGUUGGCAGGUGGCGAGGAGAUUAACCUGACCUCAAACGACCUCAUUGUCAAUGUUAUCAGGAUGGACUAUGGCAUGAAGGAGCAGAAUCCCAUCGAUCACGUACGUUUUUACAGCAAGAGAGACCCCAACAGGGCCAUCAUGAGCCCCCCGGGCCAGGUGUCCACGCUCACCCCAGAACACUUUCAGGAGUGGUUGAUCCAGGUGUACUGUAAGAGGACUGAUGAGGAGAGCCUGGGGACGGCCAGGGAGCGCUUUGAACUGUGGUGCAACUCUCUGAAUUGAGAUGUGAACCCUCCGGAGCUGGAAGCUAAUGAAGGCCCAAACCCAACUUGAGUUUUGACAGAACAAAAAGAUAUACGAUUUUCCUUGUUCCUUUUUUGAUAUUGGUAUGGGUAGGAAAUUGGAUGGCUAAAUUACAAUAUUAAUUAUUUAAAUCCACCAUUGUAACCAGAAAAUGGUCUUUAAUCAAAGUAGGAGGCCGUUGAGGGCCAGUGCUCAGGGUUAUACACUCAAAAGCUUAUACAACUUUAACUUUCAGUCUUCUAGUUCAGUUUUAUCACAUAACCAGCUGCUGGUUUUGUUUUUGUUUCUUUGUUUCUCUUCAUUUAGAUAUGCAUGUUCUGUCCAUAGUUUCCAUGUUACCUUAAGGGGAAUGUAACGCUGAGAGUUUUCAUGCAAGAACUCUUUCUAGUGUUUCUGGAUUGAUUCGAUUUUUACAUGAAAGGCAGGGUAAGCUAAUUAUUUUCAAACUAUUAUCUCUCAUAUUUGUUGAAAUUCUUUUUAUAUGCCGACAGCAAUCAAUAUAUCAAGUGAUCGGACAGAAAAACAAGGGAAAUCCGGUAUCCUUGGCGGUCGCAAGCCUGUAAUAAGUCUGUUAAAUCAAUUCAACACACUUGAAUGUGUAUUUGUAUGCAGUGGGUUUUAACUUCAUAUAUUUUCAUCGUUUCAUAUUUUCGUACUCAUUUAGUCCAGGCAAUAAAUGACCAUAAUCAAAGCAGGCUACAGACACCAUAAUGAAUACAUAGUCAUAGUCUUGUUCAUUGUUUUCUUGUGGUCUAUUUAAUAUUAAUUUUGUUGAAGUGUUCUUUUUCAUUUUCAAAGUUUGAACGUCUUCCUUAAUAAUAAUAAUAAUAAUAAUAUUUAUAAUAAUUUGGGGUAGAUUCGUCCUAUGUUUGGGUUACUAAGGUAAACAUAUCACAACGCUUGAUACAUUUUGUUCUCAGUGUUAGUGUGUGUGUGUGGGUUGAAAAAAAAAGAUAUAUUCCGUCUACGUUCAUGUUAAGUGCUCUUUUCAAAGAUAUAUUAUGAUAUAGGCAAAGGUUGUAUUAAGGGGCUCAGGAAUAGUGCUUAGAAGAGGCUGCUUGCUGUUUUGCUAUAAAGGUUAACUGAAAAGUAUAUUUUCAAAAGAUAGAAAGAGGCUGGGGCAAAAAUUGUAAUGGUGAUGAAAAGAAUAAACGGCUUUGUCCUCAAUGUCUAAA